GUUCCCCCGCCAGGCUUCGGUGUGAGUUAAAGUCGGGCAGCCGGAAAGCGACAGGCUCAGACCCGCAGCCGGUGGCCUCGUAGCGCCGGGACGCCGGGACGCCUGGACACCGGGAGAGCGCGGGGACUCUCCGAGCCCAGCGCGGGGGUUUCCGCAUCUUACGGGCGGGGCCGGAAGAGGAAGUCGCGCUGCCGUGGCGGCCCCUGUAGCAGCGACGGUCCAGUCGUAGCCCGGCCGCCCGCGCCUGUCCGGUCGGGUCCGGCCACGGAGGCAGCGCAGCGGCGGGACCCCGAGCCUACCCCGCCGAGUGAGCUGCGCCGCACCGUGCCGCCCCACCCGGCACCCACCAGUCCGAUGGGGCCGCAGCGGCGGCUGUCCCCUGCCGGGGCCGUCCUACUCUGGGGCUUCCUGCUCCCGCUGACAGCCGCUCAGGAAGCAAUCUUGCAUGCGUCUGGAAAUAGCACAACUAAGGACUACUGCAUGCUUUAUAACCCUUAUUGGACAGCUCUUCCAAGUACCCUAGAAAAUGCAACUUCCAUUAGUUUGAUGAAUCUGACUUCCACACCACUAUGCAACCUUUCUGAUAUUCCUCCUGUUGGCAUAAAGAACAAAGCAGUUGUGGUUCCAUGGGGAAGCUGCCAUUUUCUUGAAAAAGCCAGAAUUGCACAGAAAGGAGGUGCUGAAGCAAUGUUAGUUGUCAAUAACAGUGUCCUAUUUCCUCCCUCAGGUAACAGAUCUGAAUUUCCUGAUGUGAAAAUACUGAUUGCAUUUAUAAGCUACAAAGACUUUAGAGAUAUGAACCAGACUCUAGGAGAUAACAUUAAUGUGAAAAUGUAUUCUCCAUCGUGGCCUAACUUUGAUUAUACUAUGGUGGUUAUUUUUGUAAUUGCUGUAUUCACUGUGGCAUUAGGUGGAUACUGGAGCGGACUAGUUGAAUUGGAAAACUUGAAAGCAGUGACAACUGAAGAUAGAGAAAUGAGGAAAAAGAAGGAAGAAUAUUUAACUUUUAGUCCUCUUACAGUUGUAAUAUUUGUGGUCAUCUGCUGUGUUAUGAUGGUCUUACUUUAUUUCUUCUACAAAUGGUUGGUUUAUGUUAUGAUAGCAAUUUUCUGCAUAGCAUCAGCAAUGAGUCUGUACAACUGUCUUGCUGCACUAAUUCAUAAGAUACCAUAUGGACAAUGCACGAUUGCAUGUCGUGGCAAAAACAUGGAAGUGAGACUUAUUUUUCUCUCUGGACUGUGCAUAGCAGUAGCUGUUGUUUGGGCUGUGUUUCGAAAUGAAGACAGGUGGGCUUGGAUUUUACAGGAUAUCUUGGGGAUUGCUUUCUGUCUGAAUUUAAUUAAAACACUGAAGUUGCCCAACUUCAAGUCAUGUGUGAUACUUCUAGGCCUUCUCCUCCUCUAUGAUGUAUUUUUUGUUUUCAUAACACCAUUCAUCACAAAGAAUGGUGAGAGUAUCAUGGUUGAACUUGCAGCUGGACCUUUUGGAAAUAACGAAAAGUUGCCAGUAGUCAUCAGAGUACCAAAACUGAUCUAUUUCUCAGUAAUGAGUGUGUGCCUCAUGCCUGUUUCAAUAUUGGGUUUUGGAGACAUUAUUGUACCAGGCCUGUUGAUUGCAUACUGUAGAAGAUUUGAUGUUCAGACUGGUUCUUCUUACAUAUACUAUGUUUCGUCUACAGUUGCCUAUGCUAUUGGCAUGAUACUUACAUUUGUUGUUCUGGUGCUGAUGAAAAAGGGGCAACCUGCUCUCCUCUAUUUAGUACCUUGCACACUUAUUACUGCCUCAGUUGUUGCUUGGAGACGUAAGGAAAUGAAAAAGUUCUGGAAAGGUAACAGCUAUCAGAUGAUGGACCAUUUGGAUUAUGCAACAAAUGAAGAAAACCCUGUGAUAUCUGGUGAACAGAUUGUCCAGCAAUAAUAUUAUGUGGAACUGCUAUAAUGUGUCAUUGAUUUUCUACAAAUAGACUUCAACUUUUUAAAUUGACUUUUGAAUUGACAAUCUGAAAGAGUCUUCAGUGAUAUGCUUGCAAAAAUAUAUUUUUAUGAGCUGGUACUGACAAUUACAUCAUAAAUAACUAAAACGCUUUGCUUUUAAUGUUAAAGUUGUGCCUUCACAUUAAAUAAAACAUAUGGUUUGUGUAGUUUCC